CGUUCUCGGCGGAGAGCGAGCGCGGGCUGCCGUUUGGGGCGGGGGACGGCCGCUCCGGGGUCCCAGGCCGGUGUGGGGGCGCCCCGGCGGCGGCCGGCUCCGACGGAAGUUGCUCCCCGCGGCGGGAGGGCCCCGGGCAGCCCCCGGCCCCCCGACGCGCGCUCGGGGCUGGCGGGGGCGGACCUCGGUGCCCCCCGCGCCUUCCGGACAGGCACCUGCCGCAACCGCGGGCCCCCGGGACGGCGGGCCCCGCCGGGAGCCGCCCCCAGCAGCGCGCCCGGCCCCCAGCGAAGCUCGGCUGCCCAGCCUGGGGCCCUGGGGCCGGCCGGCCGCCGCGGGGCCCUCUCUGGGCGCGCGCCACGACCCGCUGGUAAUGCCCGUCCCGGAGAAGACUUGGUUUGGCUGCAGCGGUGUUUGUCCGAGGGUCUAAAGUCCCUGGAGGAUGACCUAGCACUUGCAAGCCCCACCGGCCUCCUGAGGGCCCCCGUGGACGCGCCGGCCCGACCCGAAGCUGCGAGGCGGGCAGGCACCCAGACUUGCGACCCUCCGCACCCUCGGGUGCCGGGGUUCUGGGCCAGGCGCGCCUCUUGAACUCACGACGAGUACAAUCGUUUCUUUUCGAAGAAGGAUUUCCCUUUUUUUUUUUGUUUGUUUUUGUUUUUUGCGUUUUUUGUUGAUUGUUGUUUUUUGCGUUUUUUUUUUUUUUUUUCCUUGGAGAAGGGAACUUUAGGGGGACAAAAGGAAGAACCGCUCUUCGGGGGGGAGUAGAUAAGGAAGAUAAAGGGACCGCCCGCGAGAGUCCAGGAUGGAUGUGGCCGACCCGCAGCAGCUGGGCAUGUUUACAGAGGGGGAGCUGAUGUCCGUGGGGAUGGACACGUUCAUCCACCGCAUCGACUCCACGGAGGUCAUCUACCAGCCACGUCGCAAGCGGGCCAAGCUCAUCGGCAAGUACUUGAUGGGGGACCUGCUGGGGGAGGGGUCCUACGGCAAGGUGAAGGAGGUGCUGGACUCGGAGACGCUCUGCAGGAGAGCCGUCAAAAUCCUCAAGAAGAAGAAGUUGCGAAGGAUCCCCAAUGGGGAGGCCAACGUGAAGAAGGAAAUCCAACUUCUGAGGAGGUUGCGGCACAAAAACGUCAUCCAGCUGGUGGACGUGUUGUACAACGAAGAGAAGCAAAAAAUGUAUAUGGUGAUGGAGUACUGCGUGUGCGGCAUGCAGGAGAUGCUGGACAGCGUGCCCGAGAAGCGCUUCCCCGUGUGCCAGGCCCACGGGUACUUCUGCCAGCUGGUGGACGGCCUGGAGUACCUGCACAGCCAGGGCAUUGUGCACAAGGACAUCAAGCCAGGCAACCUGCUGCUCACCACGGGCGGCACCCUCAAGAUCUCCGACCUGGGUGUGGCCGAGGCCCUGCACCCCUUUGCCGAGGACGACACGUGCCGGACGAGCCAGGGCUCCCCAGCGUUCCAGCCCCCCGAGAUCGCCAACGGCCUGGACACCUUCUCUGGCUUUAAGGUGGACAUCUGGUCGGCUGGGGUUACUCUCUAUAACAUCACGACAGGCCUGUACCCAUUCGAGGGGGACAACAUCUACAAGCUGUUUGAGAACAUCGGGAAGGGAGACUACACGAUCCCGGGUGCCUGCGGCCCCCCGCUCUCGGACUUGCUGAGAGGGAUGCUGGAAUACGAGCCAGCCAGGAGGUUCUCCAUACAGCAGAUCAGACAACACAGCUGGUUCCGGAAGAAGCACCCGCCAUCAGAGGAGCCCGUGCCCAUCCCGCCAAGCUCGGACUGCAAGGACCGCUGGCGAGGCAUGACAGUGGUGCCCUACCUGGAGGACCUGCAUGGCUGUGCGGAUGACAAUGGGGACGAGGAUCUGUUCGAUAUCGAGGACGACAUCAUCUACACUCAGGACUUCACGGUGCCCGGUGGCGAGGAGGCGUCUGAGGCAGGGCUUAGAGAGGAGAGAGGACAGGUCCCAGAAGAGGAGGCUAGUCAGAACGGGCAGAGCCGGGGCCCGCCCAAAGUCGUGUGCGUGAACGGCACGGAGUCGGCGCAGCUGAGCGCCAAGUCGAAGGUGGAGCGCCGGGCCAGCGCCGCCUCCAACCCCACCCGCAAGGCCUGCUCGGCCAGCAGCAAGAUCCGCCGGCUGUCGGCCUGCAAGCAGCAGUGAGGGUCGCCGCCCGCAGCCCGUCUCAUCCAGGUGCCACGGCCCAGGUCCUCAGUCUUCCCGCCGACUGCUGGCCCACGUCUGCUGCCCAGAAAGGCCACCACCACACCCUCCUUGCCGACUGCCCCUCAGGAAUCCAGGGGUCCUGGAGGGCCAUGGCUGGGGGACAGCAGGGACUGGGGACGGGCCUUCCCCUCAUGGCCAGUGAACAUGGCCUCUCAUUGACUUUGCAGCCCUGUGCUGAGCCCCCUCCCCGGGCCUCGGGAGGAGGGAGAGCGCCGGCACGCGCGGGCCCCGCGGGAAGCCCCUGCCAUGCACUUUACGUUCAGACUACUGGUCCUCGCCCCACCCCUGACUUCUUUUUACUCUGCUCCACGUUAGCGCCUCCCACACCUAGUGAUGUGUUCAGACAAACCACAGCCACAGCUGGAGCCAGUAGAAGAACAGGGCCGUCAACCAAGAUGCAUGCCCAGAGCCCAAGGGAGCCAGGCGGCUGCCUCGUCUUUGUUGUUUGGUUGGUUCCUUUUCCUUUUUCUAAGAAAAAAUAAAGCAGGUGGAUUUGA